AUUCCUCAAUUCCCUUUUAACCGUUCAAAUGUGAUUUAGCAAUCACUUAAACGUGGCUUCCUCAUCCUGACCCCUGGAUAUCGGGUUAUGUCGGGGAGGCGGUCUGUGGGAAUGUCAGAGAUUCAAUGAGCAGUUGUUUCGUUUCGGCCCUCAUUCAAAUUCAUGUAGGAGCUAUCCAAUUAAGCUGCGCAGAAGUAAGUACGAAACAUGUGUGCUAUAUUCAUAUACUGAGGGAAUAGAUAAAGUGCUGUCAAUGUGCGAACCAGCCGGAUUUUGGAUGCAGCAAAACUUGUACCCAUGACCCCUCUCAUCUCAGGUCCGGACACGAUCUACCGAAGGAUCACAGAGGGUCACUCGAGAGUUCUUGGAUACCACAUUGGCACGGAGCAUGCGUGGGUCUUUUCUUGUGUCACAGAGGAUGGUAUGCGGGAAAAGCGUGGAGUUUCAUUCCCAGCCCAUGCACUUAUAUAGAGUUUUCUGAACUAAAGGAAUGCAAGGCAGAGCAAUAUCUGCAGCCCGUUUCGGUACGGGAGUAAUUGUUGGUGAUUAUCCGGGCUUCAAAAGCUCAAUCUCGUGCAGUACGCGCCAAUUCCGAGCCCCAAUACCUUGAUAACGGUAGUUGCCGAUCCUUGUGCCUCGUCCUUGACCGUGGCAACAAAGCUUGCUUAAUUCGGAGCUAUGCGUGAGCUCUCGCCCAAUAUUGGAUUCUACAGAUGCCCACCAUUAAGAGUCCAAGAGCCUUGAGCAUGUUACAAUUGGUACUGGCAUUUGUCUCCAGGAUCCUGCUUUUACCGGUGCUUGGUAUAAACUUGAUUGUGUGAAUGCGUGUAUUGAAGGAAAGGGUUACAUGAGCUUUUUUUCACAUUCAAGUUUCCUAGCAGUGAGGUCCUUGCCGCGAAAUUAUA